AUGUCGCAGAGCCGGUUGUUGACGCUGCUGCUCGUGCUUUGCCUCCGUUUCACGCAAGCGUUCGACUGCGGCUCGGAUCCGGUGCAGAACGCGCUGGCCGAGAUGGUCGUCAAGGUCGACUGCCCGGCCAGGUUAGGAGCCUUCAAUAAUUGCUGCUCGGCACACGACAGAUGCUACGCAGCAAAAGGCGGUCGAGCCAGAUGCGAUGACAUCUUUUGUGAUUGCAUCCAACAGGCGGGCAACGUGAAUAUGCAAUGCCAGGCACACGGGCGCAACUUCUGCGGCAUGGUCCGCAACUUUGGCGCCGUCGCCUAUGCAAACGGGAAACGAAGAAAA